AUGUCUAAAGAAUAAGAAUUACAAACUAAAAUUAAAUCUCUUGAAGAAGAUAUUCAAAAUAGGCAUAGAUAAAUUAUAUCUCUAACUGAUAAAGUGGAAGAGUUGUAACGAUCCAUCUCAAACAAUACUCAGGUAUCAAAUUCAAUCCUUAUUUCAGGUAGUUGAACUUGAAGAAAAAGUCAGAAUGCUUGAGUCAUAAAACCUUAAACUAAUAGAAAAGAAUCAAAGUGAUGUUGUUGAAUGGAGGUCCAAAGAAAGGGAUUUCAAUGUAUCUCUAAAAUUAUAUUCUAGAAUCAAAUCCAAACAUUAUAACGAAAAUUGAAUGAGGUUGAAGCUCAACUUAAUGAAGUUAAGGAUCUCAAUUAAUAACUUAUUGCUAAUACUACAUAAAACAAUAAUUCUGAAUCUCAGUUACAAUAAUUAACUAGUCAUUAUGAGCAUCUACUCUAAGAAAAGGAUACAUCACUUAAACUUAAAGAGACUCAGAUUUCUCAACAUGAAUAAAUCAUUCCAUAAUUACAAAAAGAUAAUGAAGAAAAAGAUUAAUAAAUAAAAUCAUUGAAAGAUUAAUUAUCCAUUUAAUCAUAACAAUUAAACCUUUUAACUUAAUAAAAUCUUAAUCUUAAUACUAUUACCGAUGAAGUCAAUAAUUUAAAGCAUCUAAAAGACAAUUUAUUGNUACAAUAGAUAUUAUUCUCAUAUACUUUAUAUAAUUAUUAGAUUUAUCUAAAUCAUGAAAUUCUAUAUUUUAUAUUGCUUUUUAAUCUAAUUUCUCGCAUACAUCCAUCUGCAUUAUUAUAAUAUGUAUCAUCAAACUUAGUUCCCAUAUAACAAAAAUUAUUAGAUAUAAUGACGACAAUGACUAAGAAUGAAUAUUUCAGAUAUAUAGUAUUGCUUUAUAAAUGUAUAGCUGAAUGCUUCAUUUGA